UGCAUGUAAUGUUAGAACUAUUUAUUUGGUCUAAACAAAAAAUCGUGAAAAUCUGUUUGUCUGAUUUGCAUGUCUAAAUAGUUGGAGCAAUUUUUAAUAAAGUCUGGAAAAAGAAGUAUUCUCAUUUCAGUUUGAAGACUUUAACGUUAAGACUUUGACUGCCAAUAAAAAACUGUUGAAGGUAAAUCCUCCGCUAACGCCGGUCACCGGUGACCCCCAUGGCGUUUAA